AUGAAAACAGCUAUGUUAUCAUCAAACGCAUGUUUCUUAGUAGAAUCAAUCAUAUCGGUUUCAUGUCUUUUAGGUUUACUUGCGGUCGUAAGAUCCAGCAGCAUUAGCUUCACCACUGAUUUGAUCCAUCGCGACUCACCAUCAUCUCCGUUUUACGAUCCUUCCAACACCCUUUUCCGGCGAGUGGUUUCCGCCAUGAAUCGGUCUUUUGAUCGUGCUAAGUUCUUCAACUCCAUGCGUUCGUCUGGUGUAACUAAUAUCUUUCCCAAUCCUCAAAUUGCUGAUUAUCUCAUGAAGAUAUCGAUCGGCACUCCACCUCUAGAAAUCUUCGGUGUUGCUGAUACCGGAAGUGACAUAAUCUGGACACAAUGUGAACCAUGUUCCUACUGUUACGAUCAGAAACCACCCAUUUACAGCCCAAAUAGUUCGUCCAGUUAUGAUUCGAUAACAUGCGAUUCGACAACGUGUAUGUUGGUUCCGAUGAGAUCUUGUUCGUCAUCAGACAACACUUGUUUGUAUCUGGUUGUGUAUGGAGAUCUCUCGUAUAGUUCCGGCGAGUUAGCAACUGAAACGAUCACCUUAGAAUCGAGUUCGAGUUCGAGUUCGAGUUCUGAUCAUGGUGGCAGCUCGUUUGCUUUUACGAAAGUUGUGUUUGGAUGCGGCCAUAGAAAUGCAGGCAUGUUUACUUACGAUCAAAGUGGGAUAAUCGGCCUUGGAGGAGGGCCGUUUUCACUCAUUUCACAAAUGGGGUCUUCGAUUAACAGAAAAUUUUCAUAUUGUCUUGUGCAGAUGUUUUCUCAUGCAGAAAGGUCGAGUAAAAUGUAUUUUGGUGAUGCUGGCACGGUGGUCGGAGAUGGGGUGGUUUCUACCCCGAUAUUUUCCGGUUACCCAGAAACCUUUUACUACCUGAAUUUCCAAGGCAUGACCGUCGGAGACCAACGUGUUGAAUUUUACACCACUAAACCUAAAUCUGUGGAGGGUAACAUCAUCAUAGAUUCUGGAACAUCGUUGACGUUGGUUCCCGGAGAAUUCUACCAACGGCUGCAAUCGGCGGUGCGACGGUCAAUGGCGGAUAUCCACCCUAUCGGCGGUGACCUGCAACAUAAUUUAGGUUUGUGUUAUAAUCCGUUAGAAGUGAUGGAUCUUCCGGUAAUGGUGGCUCAUUUCAAUGGCGCCGAUUUGAAGUUGGAUCCGAUGAAUACUUUUGUUCAAAUGAGCAAUGAUUCGAUUUGUUUGGCGUUUGCUCCGGUGGAUGGUGUCGUCAUCUUCGGGAAUCUUGCACAGAUGAAUUUCUUAGUGGGUUAUGAUCUUGAUAAGAAAACAGUUUCCUUUAAACGGACAGAUUGCAUCAAGUUGUGA